AUGGUCAGUGGUAACCAAAGGAAGGGGAAGGAGGUGACACUGGUGGAAGAUAAGUUCCCACAGGGGAUGCGCGUGCUCGUAGUCGAUGAUAACCCUGUCUGCCUCAAGGUCCUUGAGGUGCUCUUACGGUCCUGCAAAUACAAACCAACGAUGGUGAUGGAUGCAAGCACAACGAUGAAGAUGUUGAAGGAGGGAGGGGAGGAGAAGAUUGACCUAGUGAUCACCACUGUGCGCAUGCAAAACAUGGAUGGAUUCGACUUCCUGGAGUUCAUCAACCUCGAGAUGGACCUUCCUGUCAUCGUGCUAUCUGUGGAUGAAGAGAAGGAUACUAUGUUGAAGGCGAUAACUCAUGGGGCUUGUGAAUAUUUGGCGAAACCAGUGAAUAUCAAACAGCUCAAGAACAUAUGGAAACAUGUUAUAAGGAAAAAACCUGGCGUUGUGAACCACAUGAGCAGUGAUGAAGAUGAUGCUUAUCACAGGGCGCGACCAGGGAUUGCUGAGGAUGAACAGAGUGGUGCAAAGAGUAAGAAGUUCUCAAAAAAGAAGAAAAUUGAUGGAGAUGAUUCUGAUGAGAACAUGGAGAUCACGGCCCGCGUAGCCAACUGGAAGAAGUUGAGGGUGACAUGGACCGAUGAGCUGCAACACAAGUUCGUUGGAGCUGUCAAACAGCUCGGCAUUGCUAAGGCGGCUCCAAAGAAGAUACUGCAGAUGAUGGAUGUAGAUUACCUAACAAGAGAGAAUGUUGCGAGCCAUCUUCAGAAGUAUCGACUCAAGUUGAAAAAAGGGCUCAGGGGUGAAAGGAAGUCUUAUCCGAACUUGUCCCCGUACGUGAACAUGUAUCACCAGGGAAACUCCACCCCAUUAGUGUUAGGAACUCAUGAUGUGUCAAUCCAGUCGAGGAAAUGGGCUACGGGGAUAGUCGACCAUGAUGGCAGCAUGCUGAGACAUGCCGUGCCGUGGGUGCCUGACGCAAGAAGGAGCCAUGGUUCCGGUCCUCCCUUCAACCCAUUUGCAAAAACAUCAGGUCACAUAAUGUCUCAUACAUUUCCUCCUAACCAUUCUGGCAAAGCCUACGCAAACAUGUUGCGCGAAAAAUUGUUGCAGGCAAGUGGCGGCUCCUUUGCAGAAAUGGCAAAUGGUGGGAUGUUAGAGCCUGUAAACGGAUUCCAGGUGCAGUCUCCAGAAUUUGUCAGCCAGUGCUCCACUCUGAUGAACAUGGCACCUUCUGCGGUCGGCGCGUGUCGCAACGCGCAAUUUCCGUGCCUUGUUGGAAGCUCUAGCAAUCCCUGGCAGAAUGUGGCAUCAUCAAGUUUUCCUGGUCAUAUGGAUGGAACACCACUAGCUCAAUCACAGGUGAACAUCCCCCAGAUCAACCAACCGCCAAGCUUUGCAACCUUACCUGGCCAGAUACUGCCGAUGUUUCAAAAUGUAGAGCAGAUGGCGCCAUUCAACAUGGCAAGGAACACAGCCCCAGUAGAGAUGACCAAUGACAACAUUUCACCAAUGACCCAAAUGGUCAAAGGUGGAAGCACCACCUCUGUGUUGCAUAACCUUCAGGCUGACAGUUCUUUCGCGCUAACUCAGAUGACCAAUAUUGGAAAAAUCAGCUCUGCGUUGCAUGAGCUUCAGGCAGGCAGUUCUGUCGAGCCGACUCAGAAGGUUACUGGCGGGGAAAAUGCAUAUAUCGCUCACCCUAUGCUGGAAGGGCCAGUUGAUCUGCGAGCUCCUGAUGAUCAACCAAUCUACAGCAACCCCUUAUUUUUUGAUGAUAUCUAUGCCAACCAGGAUCUCAGUGAUGAUGCUUUCUUCAGCGGAGGAUGUUAG